UGUGUUCUUUGCAAUGUUGUUUUUUUUAAGAAGUGGAAGAGUUUUGAGCCAAGUGCUUGCAGAGGAUCUUGACACUUCCAGUUGACAACCUCCCUGUCUGUGCCUGGGGCUGCGCUUCGGUUCCUGCCCGCUGCCACUGACUCAGACCUUCGCUGGAGUCGGCGGGUGAAGCCCUCUUGGGCUGGCAGCUCUGGUUGACUUGGUUCCUGCCUACAUGUUUUCAGGAUGAAUCUGGAAAAACUCAGCAAACCAGAACUACUGACGCUGUUUAGCAUUCUGGAGGGAGAAUUAGAAGCAAGAGAUCUCGUCAUAGAAGCCUUAAAGGCCCAGCACAGGGAUACGUUCAUCGAGGAGCGCUAUGGGAAGUACAACAUCAGCGAUCCAUUGAUGGCUUUGCAGAGAGAUUUUGAGACCCUGAAAGAGGGAAAUCACGGUGAAAAGCAACCAGUAUGCUCCAAUCCCUUGUCUAUUUUGAAAGUGGUGAUGAAACAUUGCAAGAAUAUGCAAGAAAGAAUGUUAUCCCAACUAGCUGCUGCGGAGAGCAGACACAGAAAGGUGAUUCUGGACCUGGAGGAGGAGCGGCAGCGGCACGCCCAGGACACGGCCGAGGGGGACGAUGUCACCUACAUGCUGGAGAAGGAGAGGGAGCGACUCACCCAGCAGCUGGAGUUUGAAAAGUCCCAAGUGAAAAAGUUUGAGAAAGAGCAGAAGAAGCUGUCGAGCCAGUUGGAGGAGGAAAGGGCACGGCACAAGCAGCUGUCCUCCAUGCUUGUGGUGGAGUGCAAGAAAGCCACUGCCAAAGCAGCUGAAGAGGGGCAGAAGACAGCAGAAUUGAGCUUGAAAUUGGAAAAAGAGAAGAGUAAGGUGAGUAAACUGGAAGAGGAGCUGGCAUCCAAGAGGAAGCGGGGCUUGCAGAUGGAAGCCCAGGUAGAAAAGCAGCUCUCGGAGUUUGACAUUGAGAGAGAACAGCUGAAAGCCAAGCUGAACAGAGAAGAAAACCGUACAAAAGCACUCAAAGAAGAGGUGGAAUGUCUGAAGAAAGCCCUGAAAGAGCUGGAGGCUUCUCGCCAGGAGCACAGUCACACUGAGCCCUCGCAGCCGAGCCCCUCGGUGAUGUCCAGAGGUGUCACAACUGAGAGUCCCCCAGUGAAGUCUGUGUCUUGCCAGACAGAGUGUCUGCAGACGGAGCGAGCAAGCCCUGCUGGCACAGGCAAAGCCCUACAUCCCGUGUUUCCCAGCCCCACGACACCUCCCCAUUCCCACCUGAAAUCCAACGGGCACUGUGACACCGACGGGCAGACGGGCAGCGAGCAGCUGCAGACAAACACAGCAGAGAGCCAUGGCCAGAAGGAGAAAUCUGCUGGAGCAGCCCCAGAAAACGCAGUUGAGAAUGGGAGUUCUCCUGUAAGAACGGAGUCACCGGUGCACCUGAUGUCCCAGGUCCCUUCCAGUGGGGUCUCCCUGUCUCCCAGCGGCACAGCCGCCUCCUCUCUGACACCUUCUCCCUGCUCCUCACCCGUCCUGAGCAAACGCCUUGUGGGGGCUUCAGCAAGCAGCCCUGGUUACCAGUCGUCCUACCAGGUGGGGAUCAAUCAGCGUUUCCACGCCGCUCGGCACAAGUUCCAGUCUCAGGCUGAGCAGGAGCACCAGUCGAGCGGCCUGCAGAGCCCGCCGUCACGGGACCUCUCUCCCACCCUGGCAGAUAACUCUGCUGCCAAGCAGCUGGCCCGCAACACGGUCACUCAGGUCCUCUCCAGAUUUACCAGCCAGCAGGGACCUAUUAAACCCGUCUCCCCUAACAGCUCGCCCUUUGGUACGGACUAUCGAAAUCUGGCAAACGCCGUGAGCCCCAAAAAUGAAUCGGGUCACUCUCCAAGCCCUGGCAAGGUUUCCAGUCCUCUAAGCCCGCUGUCUCCUGGCAUUAAGUCACCAACCAUUCCCAGAGCAGAAAGAGGGAACCCUCCACCCAUUCCUCCAAAGAAGCCCGGCCUCGCUCAGUCACCCGCUGCUCCUGCCCCCCUCACCAAAACCUCCUCCCAGGCUGGGGUCCCCAUGGACGUGGCCAGUAGCUGCUCCACCACCACCGUCGUGUCCAACGGCAAAGACAUUGAGAUCCUCCUGCCCAGCAGCAGCUAGUCUCCAGGGCACUGGAAGGGGACACUCCAGGGCUUAGCAUCCUCAAGCUAAGACACUGUUUUUUCCACUCCAUGUUAUUUAUUUCCAUAGUAGCAGAUUCUGUCUGUAUAAAGCAUUUAGUAUAUUUUUUUUUUCUUUUCUAAUAGGUAGGAAAAUAUUUUUGUUUAUGAAGAAACCUUAACUACAGCUAUACAGUAGCCUCAAAAUGUCUCGUGGCAACAGUCAGAUCAUUAGAGAUAACAAGAACCAUAAUCACGUGGUGGGACCUAACUAUCAGACUCUAAUGGGACUGAAAUGCUACUUUUAAAUUAUGCAGAAAUAACUUUUGCAGACUUUUUACUCCAGAUGAACAUUUUUAUAAAAAGUGCCUGAACUAAGCCUGCAAUAUGAAUGUGAUUCUCUGAGGAAGGUGAGGAGGGGACCAUCGAGCUGCAGAAACAGAUUCUGCUGUGAGUCAUGAAUGUUGAAACCAACACUGGUUUUCUUUUUAAUUCUUUCCAUUUGCUAAAGUAAGCUAGCAAAUGUGCUACAGGUUCUGUAGGGUGACCACCAGAGUGACGCAGCCAGCCACGCACUGUCACUUCAGACAUGGCUCCCAGCUACUUGAGGACACAAACACAGACUCUUGGGGUAAAAUGUAGCCAUAACACAACCCAGAUUACUUUUCUUUGUGUUCCUUGUCCCCGUAGUUCUUUUUGCUUUCCUGUAGCACCCUCUGCAGAGGUGCCCAUGUGCUUUAAGUGGCUGAGCUCUGGUUUCUGGUGUGUCACCUUGAAUUUUCAAGCUCUUCAAGCAUUCUACUGUUGUGUGUAGAACUUCUGAGACUAUUACUUGACAAAGAUCUCACUACUACUUGAAAAAAAAAAAAAAUCACUACUCCAUAUGAUACAGGUUUUUUUGCAACAGUAACAUGGGAUCUUCUACUAUAAACAAAAGCAAUAAUGUUGUUCCUGGCGUAUGGGUUGUGUCCAGCUGACCUGGCUCUUACUCCCCAGUUGGCUACGGGAUCUUGCUGGCUUUCCUUGGCUGCAGACACGGACCCAAAUCAGUGCUGCCACGUGGAAUUGAGUAUGUGUACAUGUGUGAGUGGUUUCACACACAUACAUAUUAAAUACACAGUGCAUUAGGAAAAUUUUUACCUAUUCUUGACGUUAAUACGGAAGACAAAGCGGGAAUUCAUUGAGGUUAAAAAAAAGUAUCACUUAGAGCGAGGAAUUGUCUAAGUUGGAGGCAAAUUGUGUGUGUGAGGAAUUAUUUGGGGCCGAGAGGGGAGAAGUGACUGGUUCCUUGUGAGAAACACUUGCCAGGAGCGGGGUGGCCCUGGCUGCUGUGUGUGCUGCCCUGGGCCAGCGGCACCGCGGGGCUGGCUCUGAGUCACGGCGGCGAGAAGCACGGGACACACACCCCACGGGGCAGAGGCUGAGCACAGCCCCGAGCUCCUUAUCUCGGUGCUUGUAGCUGAGCUGAUCCUAAAUUUAGAAGCUGGACGUGCUGCUGAGUGUCGGUCCCUGUUCAGCAUCUCCCUCAGCAGCAGCUCCCCACUGCCAGCGCCUUCUCCGGGGUCGUUCUUCAAAGUUUAAUUAGACAAAAAGCAUCCACCUUUAUUGUAGGACGCGCUGCUGUACACGGCCUGGGGGCAUCCCUCUGGCUUUGGGUCUCCUCCUGCAGGACACGGCAGCUCUGGUGCUGCUCAGGGGGGCUGCUGGUCACAGUGACCCCACUCUUUUCCCCCGCGCAGCCCCGGCGGGUAUUUAGAGUAAAACAAGAGGGUUUUACACACCUUUGAGUAGCCUUUUAAAUUGUGGUUUCACGUGCUGCUGUUCCUAAUGCAGUGGAAGGGGCUGUGUACCCACAGCAGGGGACAGAGCAGCCUGGAGGUAAAUGGGCAGUGACUCUUUCGGAAGCACAUUUAUUACUUUUUUUAAGUAUCCACAACAGAUUUUUUCCUCUUGCUGAGAGUAAUUGUAAGAACUGAUGGGUCUCGGCCCACGUGUGGCUUCGGAUUCAAAAGUGAGGCUUUUGUAUACACUGCUUUAACGUGUUUCUUUGCUUUUACAUUAAUCUGAAUGGUAUUAUCCCCUUUCUUUAUCAGUAGCUCUAGAGAGAGAUGGACGAUGCUGAAGUCUAUUAGGAAAUGCACUGAGUACUGCUCUUCUCAAAUACCCUCCGGGAAGGGGUAUGCAAAGGAAUGUAUUUUUGCUAGUAGCUGAUCUUCUGAGAGAAAAAACUAAGCACAAGAUACUAAAAAUGGAUCCAACUAAUCCAGUAAGACACUUAGAGUUAGUAUUUAACUGUUGAUGUAGAUUCUGUGUGGAAGAGACUAAAUAUUUCUUCUUCUCUAACUCCCACUUGUUAGAAGCAGACGUUGUUGCAGAGUUUGUCACUGGCGGAUGGAGUAUAAUGAAGUGCAAAAUGUAUACACUAGUAUUAAUUCAUUAACACUUGUAAAUUUGUAAAGCCAAAUGUACCAAGCUGAAGUCUUUAAUCAUUUUUAUAGCUGACGGCAUUAAACAUGUUAAACAUUCAUAUUAUCAAUAAAGGAGUUUAUUUUUAAGAUGUGCAAA